GCCCAUUACUCUCUGCAUGAUCCGUGUGCUGACUGGUUUUGAUAUAAAAUAUCUCUGUGAGUUAUUAUUUAGUGAAGACAAGAGUGCUUAGAAAAUAAAAUAACUAGCGUGAUGGCUGAAGCGAUUCAGAAGAAACUGCAGUCUGAAGUGGAGAAAUAUCAACAGUUGCAAAAAGAUGUCAGCAAAAGUAUGUCAGCAAGACAGAAACUGGAGGCACAGUUGACUGAAAAUAAUAUUGUUAAGGAGGAGCUUUUCUUGUUGGAUAGCCAAAAUACAGUUUACAAAUUAAUUGGGCCAGUUCUGGUAAAACAGGAUCUAGAUGAAGCUAAAGCAACAGUGGGCAAGAGAUUGGAAUACAUCAAUGGUGAAAUUCAGCGCUAUGAAAAUGUACUGAAGGACAUGGAGAGGAAGUCUGAGCAGCACCGAGAAGUUCUAUCCAGCCUACAGCAGGAAUACCAGCGGGCUCAGGGUCAACCUGUUGGGAAAGUCUAAAUGGAUUAUAAUUAUGUUUAUUGACUGGGACACUAGUCGUAUCCAGCGAUACUCAAGAGACUGAAUAUACCUGCUAAUAACACAUGCUUGUUCACAUGUCCAUUAACAGAAUGCUGGAGGUUUUUGUUUAACGCUAGUAGGCUAUCAAUAAAUUUUUUUCUGUUUCCACUUGUUGUCCUUGCAGUUAAUAAAAAAUAAAAUAAAAAACACAAACCCCCACUGAAGUCUAGAGAAAAUGCAAAUUAAAUAAUAAUUUGGUUAAGACAAUAGAGUGGGACAUUUUAGGAUACAAGCCUAAAGUGAAUACAAUCCUUAUUUUGCUUUGGAGUAAGCUUUGUGUUUUCAAUACAUUUCCACUGGGAAUUAUUAACUUGAAAAAUUUACAUUAUAUGCACAUUGCAUUAACUACAAACUAAUUUGUUUCAAACCUCAAAAUGUAAGAAAACAAAACAACAAUAUUUAUAUAUAUACAAUGCAUCCGGAAUGUAUUCUCACUGCUUCACUUUUUCCACAUUUUGGUAUGUUUCAGCCUUAUUUGAAAAUUGAGUAAAUUCAUUGUUUUCCUCACAAUUCUACAAACAAGACCCCAUAAUGACAACGUGAAAGAAGUUUGCUUGAAAUCUUUGCAAAUGUAUUAAAA